CUUCUAAGCAGUAAGCAUUCUACUCCCCAUCGGAAACCCCAAUCUAAUUAGGAAACAAUCGAAUCCGCCACCGCCGGAGAGGCGGUACCUCCGCCGUUCAUCGCCACCUCUCAUCUCCCUCUCUGCAUUCCUUUGCCGUUCUUCCCUCUGGGAGCAGCGAGCCUUCAACCCCGUUCUAGCAAAGGUGUCGGAGGGCUUGCGUAGCUUAUUUUUGUAGAUGUGCUAUUAUUUUUUCUGAGAGCCGAUGGAUCGACCUCCUCAUGAUUAUGCAGCUGCUAUGGCAUUUGCCCAACAACAGCACCAAGCGGCUAAUAUGCAACAGCAGCAACAGUUUGGUUUUCACCCACAGCAUCAACAAUUUCCUCCAUCAGGUCAUGGCCCUCCAUUUUUACCUCCGCAAUCUUCUCUUCAACAGUUCCCUUACCCUCGCCCAUCACAGAUUCAUCCUCAUGCUCCACCUCCUCCUCACCUGCUUCACCUACAGCAACAGCAGCAGCAUCCUCCCCCAGCUUUUCCACCACACAUGCCUCCUCACCUUGCUCCAUCACCCUUUCAGGGCCCUUAUGACUCUCCACCACCUCCUGCUCCUCCACCUUCUGAUCCCGAACUUGUAAAGCGCAUCGAUAAAGUGAUUGAGUAUGCUGUCAAGAAUGGUCCUGAGUUUGAAGCCAUGAUCCGUGAAAAGCAGCAAGACAAUCCAGGUUAUAGCUUCCUAUUUGGUGGUGAAGGCCAUUAUUACUACCGCUACAAGCAUUGGAUGGCUACACGACCAGCUGGAGGCCCUUUCAAUUCUCCUUUCCCAUCCUCUUCUAUGCAAAUGGUGCACCCUCCAAAUCCUAUGUUGAGUCCUCCAUUAACUGCUCCACAGUAUAAUGCUUCCCCUGCUGGUGGGGCUUCAGCACCAGUGUUGGGCCCGCCUCAUUUACAUCAACCUCCUUUCCAACCCUUCUAUGAUCAGCAGCACCCUCAGUCUUUUGGCCGUCCUGAUUAUGAUAAUUCAUAUAGGUCUUUCAAAAGUCAUUCUAGACCUCUUCCUCCUGAUGUUGACAUGGAGUUAAAUACUGUCCUCAACAGUCUUACUGGUACAAAAGAGUCAAUUAAAGGGGCCAAGAAUUGGUUCAUGCAGAGGUCUCCAUUUAUACCUGCUUUGGCCGAGGCUCUUAGAGAUAGAGUGUUUUCUCUGGAUGAUUCUGAAAGGCAACUGCAUAUUAUUUACCUUGCCAAUGACAUUUUAUUUGACAGCUUGCAGCGGCGAAUUAAUCCUCGUGAGCUUGACACUGAGGCACUUGCAUUUAAACCUGUUUUGGCUUCUAUGCUGGCAAGGAUUUACCAUAAUCCUCAAAAUAAGGAAGAAAAUCAGUCACGACUACAGAAAAUUGUGCAGUUUUGGGGCUCCAAGGAAGUUUUUGAUCAAGACACAAUUCGUGUAUUUGAAAAUGAGAUGAUUGGUGGGCUCCCUGCAAAUUCUUUUGGAGGUCCUCAACGUGACUUGCCAACUCUUGCUGCAGAUCCCUCUGCUGCUACAGGAGGAGCAGACCAAAAUGUAUUACAGUGGAAGCCUGAUGGCCAAAGUCCGAUCCCAAAUUUACCAGAUCAAGAUAAACAAGUUCCUCAUAUUCCCUCCAUGGCCCCCCAGCAGUUUCACUCUACUUCAGUUCCUCAUGCAUUUCCCGGGACUUUGCCUAUGCCAUCUUCAGUUCCACCGUCAAAUCUACCACAAACAACACAUCUGAUGCCAGCAUUGACACCAAGUGUGGGUGAAAAGUUGCCUCCGUAUCCCUUGUUUCCACCCGGUCUUAUUCCCGGGAUGGUUAGAAAAAUGCAGAUAGGCAGUGGGGUGCCUUACUCCCCCUUGAGCCCUUUGGAUAUCCCGACUGUUAUACCGCCCUCUACUGUUUCUCAAUCCGAAAUUCUUGAAAGAGUAUCAAAAUUCUUUAGGGAGAUUGGUGAGGUUAACCCAUCAGAAGGACCCAUGAAACCAGCUGAUUCACCCGAUGAAUAUGAUGAUUAUGAGAGAGAGCGAGAGCCUCCCAUCCGAAAAGGCGGGGCUUGCAUCCCUCCCCCACCUAACCUCCAGGAUUCCGAUGGAAGUGCAGAUCCCGAACCAAAUAGCUCAGGACGACUGGGACUCGGUGCCAGUGCCAAUCCAAAUGAGGCCAGUCAAUAUGACGAUGUUUACAGUUCUUACCGGAAACAAAGAAGCACCAAUUAUCAUACAUCAAUGAGUGCAAGAGCUCCUUCAACUAGGUAGUGAGAUGUGUUAACAACUUGAGUUUUGCAGUUAUAUAGUCCCUAAGAGAGACAAAAGGCAUGUGAUUAAAACAAAAUUUUCUUUUAAUUUGUACUCUGGUGUUUAACUUUUGUCAUAUGAAUAUUUAGUUUGAACUUGUGCAUCUUCUAAAUUCUAAUCCUGUGAUUCUGAACCCAUAAUUUCAUGAAAAUCUUGUGAGAAAACUAUACAACUUGAAUAGGA